AUCAUGGUUGCACAGUUCGAGAUGUGUUUCGCGCAUGUUCAAAAAAUAAUUCGCUUCAUCUUAUUUGUAAAUAUAAGCGAAUUUUCGAUUUUUUUUCCUCGAUGAAUGAUCAAUGAAUGUUAAUAAUCAACUUCCGCAUCCAGAAACACCGAUAUCGUCAAGUGUAAUAUUUUCUGUUUUCUUUGUGUGUUUCGUCGUUUGGUCGUUAAUCAGGAUGGAUAAUGCGACAAUUGGCAUGGAGAAGAAAAAGAAGAAGAAAAAUAAAGCACCACAGCAACUUGUUGCAAUCACCGAACGCAAAGCAUCUGGUUGCAAUUGGGAGUUGUACAAGACCUUGUCGUCCACCUUAAACACAGAAAAAAGUAAGGAAGAAAAGAAACAAAACAAGGAAGAAAAGAACAAAACUACUUUGCAAAAUAGACAUCCAAGAUCUAAACAUUAUUUUCCAAUACACGAGCAAGUAAAUACUAAAGAGGAAGUGACCAAGAAGGAAAAUACAAAGCACAAUGAUGUCAAAAGUAAAGAAACACAGAUCCUGACAAAGCAGGUUGCUAUGGAUUGCGAGAUGGUUGGAAUUGGUAAUGGCACAGAGAACAUGUUAGCUAGAGUGUCAAUUGUAAAUAAACAUGGUUAUUGUGUGUAUGACAAAUACGUUAAGCCCAGGGAGAAAAUUGUGGAUUAUAGAACGGCGGUUAGUGGGAUUCGUCCGGAGCUGGUGGAAAAUGGAGAAGACUUUAUGGUUGUUCAGAAGGAAGUGGCGGACAUUUUGAAAGGUCGCGUUCUGGUUGGUCACGCUUUGAGACACGAUCUCGCGGUGUUGUACUUGUCGCAUCCUCGAAAAUAUUUGCGAGACACCUCGAGAUACAAAGCUUUUCGUCAGAUAUCGAAAGGAGGCACUCCUAGUCUCAAGAAACUUGCGCAUGAAUUGUUAGGCGUUGAGAUUCAAAUAGGCGAACACGAUUCAAUUGAGGAUGCGAGAGUGGCGAUGCAGUUGUAUAUGUUGUAUAAGAAGAGAUGGGAAAUGGAGAGGAAAGGACGUUGACAAUCAAUUUUUGGGUGUAUGUGUGUCAUCAUUUUGUUCUUUAGAAACAUUUUGUUCGUCUCUCAACGUUUUCGGAAAAAAAACGUUUUAUCAUUGUUCAUUUGUACAAAAACAGUCAGAAAACAUCUGCCGUUUAAAUUUGAACUUGCAACACUUCCACAUCACGCGGAGACGUACUGAAUUGUAUAUACAUGUGUUACUUUGUUUUUACAUGAUUGUAAAAAUGUAUA